AUUCAAAUAAAUGUCAGAUGCAAAAAUAAACAAUUUAUACAAAUCGUUCGUUUGGUUGUUUUGUUGCAUAUCGAAGAAAAUCAACUACUUUUAACCAUUAGAUAUUUAUUAUAUUUUCAAAAAUGACGUCCGUAGCUCCAUCUGAUUCUGAAUCAAAUGUUAGUGGAUUUAUAAGAUACAGUGACAAAGCAUUUAAACAUUUGUACUCAUCAAUGUUAGAGAACAUGGAGAUAAUAAAUCAAGACAUUCUUCAAAUUGAGAAGAAUAUGAAGAAUAUAGUGAAAACUUCGGGCCCACUGGAACCUCAGAUGUCAGCACUUCUGCAAACUCUGCCCAAGCCAAGCCUUGGCUUGCCAAUGGAGACUGAAUGAUAGAAAUAAGAACAUCUGUGGAAUUUAAUUAGACUUAAUUGUUAUCUCAUUUACUCUAUAGCUUUUGCCUAGUAGUCAAAUAAUUUAGACUAAGUGUAAAGGGGCCUUUACUAUACACUUAACUCAUCUAUAUAAUC